GAGCUUCCCCGUCACUUCCUUUCUCUGCUAUUUCUUCUUCUUCUUCUUCUCGAGAACUGUAACAGACUGCCACUUCCUUUCGCUGGACCUUUUUUCACAAAGAUGGGGAUCUGUCCUGGCAUGGAGAUGCUUCAGAAGCUCUUGGAGGCGUUUUUCUCUAGAUGUCUGAUGAAGUUCGGCUACGGCGAUGGUGGUGGCGGCAGCGGAAAUGGACGGAGAAUCAGAGGUACGGUGGUUCUUAUGAAAAAGAGUGUUCUCGACUUCAAGGAUGUUAAGGCUUCAGUUGUCGAUCGGAUUCAUGAAUUCCUUGGAAAAGGUGUUUCCAUUCAACUCAUCAGCUCCGAUCUUCCCGCCUCAGAGGAUAGAUUGGGGGUGGAAAUGGUGGGGAAGGCAGCGAUGUUGGAGCAAUGGAUCUCGACGGUGAAGCCGUCGUUAACGGCAGACGAGAUCGAGUUCACGGUGUUCUUUGAAUGGGAGGAAAGGAUGGGAGUACCAGGAGCUUUCAUCAUUAGAAACCAUCACUCCAGCCAGUUUUACUUGAAGACAGUCACCUUACAUGACGUUCCGGGCUAUGGCUCUGUGCAUUUCGUUUGUAAUUCGUGGGUGUAUCCUGCUCAUCGAUAUACUUAUGACCGUGUCUUCUUCUCGAACAAGAGUUAUCUUCCGAGUAAAACACCUGAGCCACUACGGAAGUACAGGGAAAAUGAACUUAUUAACCUCCGUGGAAAUGGCGUCGGUGAGCUCAAGGAGUGGGAUAGAGUUUACGACUAUGCUUGCUACAACGAUCUCGGAAUGCCAGACAUGAGCAAAAGGUUCGUCCGCACUGUUCUUGGAGGUUCGAAGGAGUUUCCCUAUCCACGAAGAGGUCGAACCGGUCGAAAACAAGCAAAAUCAGAUCCAAGCUGUGAAAGCAGGCUGCAAUUGCUGAGUUUAGACAUUUACGUGCCGAGAGACGAGCGGUUCUGCCACCUGAAGUUAUCAGACUUUCUAGCUUAUGCUGUGAAGUCAAUUGUUCAGACAUUGCUCCCAGAGAUCAGAUCUUUAUGUGACAAAACUAUUAAUGAGUUUGAUUGCUUUCAAGAUGUUCUAGAUCUUUAUGAAGGAGGAAUGAGGCUACCAAAUGAAAUACUAGGCAACCUAAGGGAUCUGGUUCCUUGGCAGCUGUUUAGGGAGCUGAUGCGUUCCGAUGGCCACCAAUUCCUAAAGUUUCCAGUGCCUGAUGUGAUCAAAGAGAGCAAAACAGCUUGGAGAACGGAUGAAGAGUUCGGACGAGAAAUGCUAGCAGGAGUGAACCCGGUCAUUAUUCGUCGACUCCAAGAGUUCCCUCCAACCAGCAAAUUGGAUCCUAAAUUAUAUGGAAAGCAGAACAGUUCCAUAACAGAAGAGCACAUAGCCAAGCACUUGAAUGGGCUCACUGUUGAUCAGGCUUUGGAAAUGAACAAGCUGUUCAUUCUGGAUCAUCAUGAUUCACUGAUGCCAUACAUCAGUAGAAUUAACUCGACAUCCACGAAGACAUACGCUACUCGAACACUCCUCGUUCUACAGGAUAACGGGAUCUUGAAGCCAAUAGCAAUUGAACUAAGUCUACCACACCCACAAGGAGAUCAUCAUGGAGCUGUGAGCAAAGUUUUCACUCCAGCAGAGAACGGCAUUGAGGGAUCUGUUUGGCAGUUGGCUAAAGCUUAUGUCGCAGUCAAUGAUUCUGGCUAUCACCAGCUGAUCAGCCAUUGGCUGAACACGCAUGCUGUGAUAGAACCAUUCAUCAUAGCCACAAACAGACAUUUAAGUGUUAUGCAUCCAAUCUAUAAGCUUCUUCAUCCACACUUCAGAGACACAAUGAACAUAAACGCCAUGGCAAGGCAGGUUCUCAUCAACGCUGGUGGAAUUCUCGAAAUCACUGUCUUCCCUGGAAAAUACGCCUUGGAAAUGUCAGCUGUUCUUUACAAGAACUGGGUUUUCACAGACCAGGCACUCCCGGCUGAUCUAAUCAAUAGAGGAGUGGCAGUUCCUGAUCCAAGUAGCUCCCAUGGCCUCAAGCUUCUGAUAGAGGAUUACCCAUAUGCCGUGGACGGGCUCGAGAUCUGGUCUGCAAUUGAGACAUGGGUUAGAGAAUAUUCUUGUUUCUAUUACAAAUCAGAUGAAAUGGUUCAACAGGACACCGAAAUUCAAUCAUGGUGGACAGAGCUUCGCAAUGUCGGGCAUGGCGAUUUGAAAGACGAACCAUGGUGGCCUAAAAUGAACACAAGAGAAGACCUAAUCCAAUCAUGCGCCACCAUCAUUUGGAUAGCUUCAGCCCUCCACGCCGCUGUGAACUUCGGGCAAUAUCCCUACGCCGGGUACCUCCCGAACCGCCCGACGGUGAGCCGCCGAUUCAUGCCGGAACCAGGCACACCGGAGUUCAGAGAGCUGGAGACCGACCCGGAUUUAGCGUACUUGAAAACGAUUACAGCGCAGCUACAAACGAUCCUGGGCGUCUCGCUAAUUGAGAGCCUAUCCCGACAUUCGGUGGAUGAGAUUUAUCUUGGGCAGAGAGAUACGGCGGACUGGACGACGGAUGAAGAACCGAUGGCAGCUUUUGAGAGAUUUGGGGAUCGGUUGAGGGAGAUUGAGGAGAAGAUUAUGAGUAUGAACAACGAUGAGAGAUGGAGGAAUCGAGUUGGGCCGGUGAAAAUGCCUUACACGUUACUGUUUCCCAAUACCUCGAAUUUCUACGAAGAAGAAGGGCUCAACGCUAGAGGGAUCCCAAACAGCAUUUCGAUCUGAAAAACUUUCAUAGAUUUCCAUCUCCAAAUCGUGUUUUUUUUUCCAGAGAUUCUGUGUGGUGAGUUUGUGCUAGAAUUUAUAAUAAAUCUCUCAGCCUUUGUGGGAGAAUGAAAUUUUUUCGUUCCAA